GAUUAUUGUCCGCCAUUACGAAUACGUCUGCCGCAAAACGACGACGAUAAACGGAAAAAUUCUGAAUUGUUUCAAGUGUUGUGUGCUAUAAAAAUUGAACUGAUUUGCCGCAAAAUCGAAGCAAAGACUUUUCAAAAUACAAUCAAUUGAAAAAUUUAUUGUGAACAGUUUCUGUGUAAAUUUCAGUGUUUCAGUUACACACAAGCCGAACAAAAUUAAAAUUCACGAAAAGAUAAAAAGAAACAUCUCAAAAACCAAACGGGAAAAAGUUUUUCGUUUGAUUAUUCUUGUGCAAAGUAUAAGAAGACGAGAAUCGAAAAUUAAAAUUGAAUAUCCCAAUUGGGUGAGACUGUGUAACCGAGCGCCAAAUAGACAAUUCGGUGGUACACAAAUCGUGCAAAGUGCAUAGCACUCGACAUAAAACAGUGUUUGUUUCAAACAGUAACAAAGUUCAGUAUUUCAAUCGAAUUGAAAUUGUUCUUUUUUAGUUUGUUUCAUUUUAUUUUCGGUUUGUCAUUUAUUUUGUGGGUGAAACAGACUUGAUAUUGCUGUGCAAUUGUGACAGUACAGUUUGUACUGAACAAAUACAACAACAACAACAAGUUUUAAAAAGACACAUCAAAAAGUGUAUGUGUGUGUGUAAGUGACGCUCUGACAAAUCACAAGUGCAAAUUUCAAGCGCACAACAACCAAGACAUACACGUCGAACUAUACACGUCCACUCAAGAGCAACAACAACAAACAAAAAUACGAAAACAGAAAAGAAAAACAUCUGAAGAAACAUUACAGUUGUACAAAUUAUUUCUUUAAAAAAAAGCGAUAAAAAAAGACUUUACACUUCUUUGAAUUAAAUAAAGUACACCGCGGUAUAAAAAAGUUUUAGCCAAUGUCUACUGGUAUAUCGGAUCAGCGAAUGAAAGGACAAGGUAACCAAGGAAUGUUUGGUCCAUCAUUCGGUCAGCAAUCAUCAUACAAUUAUUUUCCAAACAAUGGGGAAAAUUAUAGUAAAAAUGCAUGGGAUUCGCAACAAGUAAACGGUGGAUCGCGUCGUGGUCAUGAUGAUUACAAUCGUGGAUAUGAUAAGCAACGUUCAUACGGAAAUGAUGGCAUUAAAUCAAUUGAGCAUGGAGUACAAGGAAUGGGAUUGGACGGUGGAAAUCAGCGUGAUUCAUACUCAGCAAAGACAAACAGCCAAUCGAACACAGCAUCGUCGGCACAACCGAAGAAAACAACAUGGGCGAGCAUCGCAUCACAACCGGUUAAGUCUUCGCAAACACGCAUUUCAUCGACUUUGAAGAAGAAACCGGGAAUGCCGUCACACAUUAAAGUUCCACCACCACCAAUGAUUCCAGGCAAAAUUAACUUGGAUGUUGGAUUAGAAUCAGAAAAGAAUGGUGCAUUAGUUCCACCGCCAGUUCCAUCACCACCACCGGUCAAUGAUGAGCCAUCACCAUUUCAACAAUUUCCAACCAAAAACCAUAAUGCAAAUAAUAAUUCAUCAAACAACAACUCAGAGCAAUUUCCAGCUCCAUCCAAUCGAAACGAGUAUCGCGACGAUCGUAGUGGUCCCAUGAAUCGUGACAGAGAUGGCCCACCAAUGAACCGUGACCGCGAUCAACGCGAUCGAGAUGGUGGUUGGCAUCGACGUGACAAUGGAUAUUAUCCACAAAAUCGUUAUCAACCACGCUCAAAUUAUGGGCCUCCAAAUCAUGACAGACAGAUGAACUAUCAGGAAAAUCGAAACUAUCAACCACGGCCACAUUAUCGCUCAUCACCACCACAUAAUCAGUACUAUGGUCCGAGUCGCAAUGAGAAUGCACAAGAACCACCCCAUCCAGCAUCAAAGGCUGAAUCAGAGGCCCAAAAGCCACCGAAAUCUGACGAAUGUCCACCAGCGGCUAUUGAAAAAGUCUUGGACAAAAAUAACUACAAUCCACCUGAAUUGGAUACUGAGAUCUUGGAUAAAGCAAGAUUUUUCGUUAUAAAAUCAUACUCUGAAGAUGAUAUUCAUCGCAGUAUCAAGUAUGAAAUUUGGUGUUCAACCGAACAUGGUAACAAACGUUUGGAUCAAGCCUUCCGUGAUGCAGAAAAUGACGAUGGUGUGAUCUAUUUGCUAUUUUCGGUAAAUGGUUCGGGUCAUUUUUGUGGAGUGGCACAAAUGACCAGUGCCGUUGAUUAUAAUUCGGUGUCAUCCGUUUGGCAUCAAGACAAAUGGAAGGGAAAAUUUUCAUUGAAAUGGAUCUAUGUAAAAGACGUACCGAAUUCACAAUUGCGUCACAUUCGCUUGGAAAACAAUGAAAAUAAAUCGGUCACCAAUUCGCGUGAUACACAAGAAGUACCGAAUCCCAAAGGGCAACAAGUUAUGCAAAUCAUUCAUACGUUCGUGCACACAACUUCGAUCUUUGAUGACAUUGAGUUCUAUGAACAGCGUCAAGUCGAAGAAGACACUAAACGUGUUGACAUACCGCCGCCAUCGCUGCAUGACAAUGAUGAACGUGGCCCACCAAAGCGUGUAUUCCAUCGCAAUGAUGGAAAUUAUCGUGAUGGUGGUGGUGAGCGUGGAGGAUACGAUGGAGGUUAUCGUCCCAAUAACCGAAACCAUGGUAACUAUUCACGUGAUCAGGGCAACAAUCGUGGAUAUCAUAAUUCGUAUGAUAAUCGACGUGGUGGAGAUGAAUUUUCACGCAACUAUGAUCGACCACCACAAAACCGUGACUACAAUCGUGGACGUGACGGUGGUCAAGGUGGUGGAUUUAUGAGCCGUGACCGCGGCGAUAGAGAUAAUAAUCGAUUUGAUUAUCGUGAUCGCAUGGAUCGAAAUGAUGAUCAUCAUUCAGGAGGUUUUAAGCGUAAUUAUUCGAAUAAUUUUGGAAAUCGUGGUUCAAAUGGGCCAAACUCAAACUAUCGCAAUGAUCGCCAUGAUCGUAAUGAGCGCAUUGAACGCAGUGACCGCAUGAUUGAACGUCGUGAACAUGAUUCAUCAGAUCAUGAUGAACGUAACUGAGCCAAUUAAAUCAUCAAACUGAGUGCAAGAACUGAUUUAUGAAGAAGAAAUUAAAUAGAAAAAGGAAUUCAAACCGAAAAAAAUGAUCAAUUACAAUUGUAUUCAUAUAUUUUAUUUUAUCGUCGAUACGAUUUUGUGU